AGGUGUAGAAUGGGUUUGCUUCCUGCACAGGAGAGAGGGCUGCCUCGUUAAAAAACCAAAUAGCCCAGGUGUGGGAGGGACUGAACAGGACCUCAGGGGAAAACAAUAAGGCUUGACAGCAACAUAAGAGAUGUUCCUGUUACAAGGAAGUAAUGACAUAUGAAAUGAGAGAAUCCUGAGGUGCGACACUAGACACUGCUUUACCAAGACAGCUGAGGCUGGAGUACGGAGGAGGCAUCAUGGAUAUGGAAGAACCACUAGACUUUAAAUCGCUUUGUGAAAAGUAUACACAUGCCAGCCGCUCUAGCACCCUGCCGGCAAACUAUUCCAGACCCCAGCAUGAUCAGAUCUCUGCAGCCAACAUUUCCCAUGUACGUUCCAAUCCAGCGUUGCAGGGUGUCAUCUCCGUUCUAGAGGGCCAAGUCAAGCCACCCAUUGCAAAGAAGCCUGCUCUGCCAGUUGGUAUUUCGGGUAUUGCAAAGCCGUCGCUUGCACCGGCAAAUAGGAGGCCUACAGACUUUCUCAGAGCCAAGUUAUCAACAGAAAAGGAGUCCAUGAAGUUAAAUAAAAUGUUCCGACAGACUUUGCAUAUUAUGGACCACUCCAGGAUGGAAGGGGAUGGAAAGAGUGACAGUCGCCCACAAGUCUACAGACUGUCCUGUCCGAACAUCCCUGAACCAAGGGCCCCCCAGCCUGCGGCUCCAGACUGCUAUGAAGAUGUGGACUCUGAUUUUCUGACCAAGGCAGAUCCUUCAUUGGUUACUAAUGACCUGAUCAAAUCUGCUAAUAGCUCCCCAUCAAUGAGCAGUAAAACAUGGAGGCCUGUGGAACACAAUUAUUCAUUUCCGUCCCAUAGCCUUUCUCCAACGAAAGCGAAUGUCUCUCACAGUCACAAGCUGGAUGGUGGAGAUGACAAACAGAAACCAUAUUGUGUGAGUAAGACACCUAAGUUGAAAUCUCUUCCAUCAAUCGAAUCUCUGGGACCACCACCACCCAAAGACCCCAGACCCCCAAAUGUGGAUCUUAGUGCAUUUCUGACUGGGUCACAGCAGGAUAGGACAGAGAACGUCCGUGAAGAAACCCCUGGCGCUGAAUACGAGCUCUCCUCUCCAAGCUCGGCUCUUAGUGAGGGUGAAUAUUACGAAGAUACUUUUCAUUUCGAUGAAUCGGCAGAAAGCGGUUCCAAUAUGUAUGAAGUAGAGGCAUUGGAUCAUGAGACCUCAGAAGUGGAGAAGAAUGAACCAUUUGCCACAAGUCCGAGCUCGGAGGAAUUGGACCAGGAAUGCUAUACGGACAUUCUGAAAUUAAGUGAUUUAGAAUCUGAUUUAAAUGUUUACGAAGAAGAGGAAACCUAUACUUUGUCUGACCCAGAUCUUACAGAGGACAGUUACUAUGAGGUUUCUGAGGAGGCUCAUAAAGAGCUCGGGCCACCCACCACAGUGAUGGAAACUUACCCUAGCUUUGCCUCCUCUGAAGGCUAUCACAGCGCUGGUGAGAUGGAGAUGGAGAAGGGCUCGCCUGCAGGGAGCGAAACCUACACUAUGGAGACAAAGACUGGAAAAAGUGAAAAUGGGGUCAGUACAGAAUUCCAGGUAAAUACAGUCUAUACAGCAACGAUUAUGGAGGGCUUUAAGCCUGAAAAGCACACACUUACUGUGAUGAAAGGGGAUAAGGUCAAGAUCAUUCGCAUUACAGACUGUCCCAUAGGAAAAUGGUUGGCACAGGAUGAGAACGGAAGCUAUGGAUUUGUUCCCGUGUCGUGCGUGAACAUCAACAAAGAUAUCUUAAACUAUCACAACGCACCUUCGUCACUGAUUCCAAUCACCCCUGAGGACAAAACCAGGACACCCAACGGCGGAGCUGGAGCGGACUUAUCCAUGGGAUCUGACAGCUAUUCCAUAAAAUCCAAUGAUGUAUAUGACGACAUUGGGAUCAAUCCUGUAGCACCAAACAAUCCUGUUGGAAAAAGCAAAGGAUUUGUGCACUUAUUCCGUAGGGACAAAGGCAAAAAAGAAGAUUUAGGAUCCGGAUACGCAACACCUCAUUUAAACACAAUGUCCCAAGAGGGCUCUGAAUAUUCCACCCAGGGUAUAAGCAGACCGCAUGAAAAAGAGAAGGAAGAGAAGUCGGCAGGUUGGCGGACAAUAUUCCACUCAAACAAGGAGCAGAGAGGGAGGUCCGAGACCCUAGGGGCGGAAGGGUCUGUAUUCGCUCAUUAUUUGGAAGGAAAACUUAACACACCAGGAGUGCUGAAAAAGUACGCCAAAGAGGAGAAGAUUUUCCGAGAGAAGUUCAAGUAUACCGGAGAUAUUAAUGCUAUAAAUAUUGCGACUAUCAAUGACCUGGCUCCACUAUCGGCAAAAGAGAAGCUGGAACUUGCAGUCACGGCGGGAGAAACCGUUGAGGUCAUAGACGUCGUCAAUGAGGAAAAGAUCAUCUGCCGAAAUAUUGCCGGGAAAUAUGGAUAUGUCCGGAUUGAGUAUUUAAACUUUCAACCGGAACAUUUCUCAUAAAACAGAAAAUAACUGGAGUAAAAAAAAAAAAGUGUUGGAAUAAAUGGACCCAAUCUGUAAGAAGAUACUCGGUGCGGAAUAUUAGAGUGUAAAGGCUGGGACGUGUAAUAACUGCACAGGUCCUAAAUGGCUGGAUAUUUAACUCUUAAGUUCUGAUAAUAGGACAGAUGUAUUAAGCCUGGAGAAGUGAUAAUUGGAAGGUGAUAACGCAUAUGUCAAUUUACAUAUUGGAGCUGAUUGGCUGGUGCGUUAUCACCUUGCACUUAUCACUUCUUUAUCACUUCUCCAGGCUUAAUACAUCUGCCCCAUUAUCUUUAUUACACAACAAUGAAAUGUUAUACACUUGGCCUAAUUUUUGGAAAUGUUUUUGAAACCUUCUAUUGUUCCAUCGGUGACGCUUGGAAGUCUGUAGUAGUCCAGGUACCCGGACAAGUUGAUCCAAAGAAUUGGAUCCACUCACUUUUUGUGAGGUAUAGAGACUGCGACGCCUUUAUUACAGAUCUCUGUAUUGGCUAGAAUCUUUUUAGAAGAUGUUCACUUUACUUAUCUGUGUUUCAUAUUGUAUAAGUCUGCGUAAAGGUGAAGAACACUUAAGUAUUUAAUAAAAUAUAUGUGGUGA